UGCGUCUUAGGUUUGCACACAACAUUCUGCCUCUUUAUCAUUGUAUUACUGCUAAUUAUUUGUUUGUAAUAGAAUAAAUGUGAUAUUUAGCAUGUAAAUUAUUAAUAAUCUUUAACAACGAUCCACAAAAUGUCAGCGAAUCGUUUAGUUUUUGCUUUCGCGGUGUUGUUAUUGCGCGUAUGUGUGUUGACAGCGCAGACUUUUCCAGUUGAGAAAAUAGCAGUCGGGGCAAUAUUCGAUCAGAACACCGAGGAAAUCCAAAAUGUAUUCAAAUACGCCAUGACAAUGCACAACCAGAACAUAAGUAGCCGAAGAUUGGAGUUGCAAGCUUACGUCGACGUCAUCAAUACGGCUGAUGCAUUCAAGCUUUCACGACUCAUAUGCAACCAAUUCGCACGCGGUGUGUUUGCAAUGCUCGGUGCAGUCACUCCCGAGUCUUUCGACACCCUUCAUUCGUACACUAAUACCUUCCAGAUGCCAUUUGUGACACCGUGGUUUCCAGAAAAGGUGAUUCCACCGUCAUCUGGGUUGAUCGAUCACGCUGUAAGCAUGAGACCGGAUUACCAUAGAGCUAUUGUGGAUACAAUCGUCUUCUAUGGAUGGAAGGAGAUUAUAUAUAUGUACGACUCUCAUGACGGAUUGCUGCGUCUACAGCAAUUAUACCAAUCGAUGCAACCAGGCCGCACUGCGUUCCGAAUCUCUAUGGUGAAACGUAUCAAUAAUGCAUCAGACGCAAUGGAAUUCUUGCUGACUCUGGAACAACACGACCGUUGGGGCAACAAGCGCAUCGUACUCGAUUGCAACACUAAAAACGCCAAGAGCAUUUUAUUGGGCCACGUUAGGAAAGUGCAACUUGGCCGGCGAACUUACCAUUACAUGCUUAGUGGACUGGUUAUGGACGAUCACUGGGAGAAUGAAGUCACAGAGUAUGGGGCAGUCAAUAUAACAGGGUUCCGCAUUGUCGACCACUCGCGCAAGAUUGUGCGCGAUUUCAUGGACGGUUUGCGUCGGAUGGACAGCCGUUUCAAGGGGACCAUAUCGGCUCAAACCGCUCUCAUGUACGACGGAGUACAAGUCUUAAUGGAUGCUCUUGGAAGACUCUGGAGAAAAAAGCCAGAUGCUUUUAGAAGUGCUUUAAGACGCGCCGCAGGACAGGCUAACUCGACGAAAGUGAUCGAUUGUAACCCGGGAAAAAGUUGGGUAGUCCCCUUUGAACAUGGCGAUAAAAUAUCUAGGUUGAUCAAAAAGACUGACAUAGAAGGGCUGACUGGAAAUAUUUCUUUCAAUGAAGAGGGACAUCGUUUCAAUUUUACAUUGCAAGUUGUCGAAAUGACCGUUCAGAGUGCUAUGUUGAAGGUAGCAACUUGGUCUGAUAUGCACGGGUUGAUUCCUGUACAACCAAAAUAUGUCCAAUUACGAUCACCGGCUUCGUACGACACAAACAAGACAUAUAUUAUAACAACUGUAUUACAAGAACCAUAUAUGAUGCAGAAACAAACAGAGUAUGGUCAAAAAGAUGAAUAUUAUGGAUUUUGUAAGGACCUUGCAGAAUUAAUUACAAGCAAACUCGGUAUUAAAUACGAGCUACGGGUUGCUAAGGAAGCUAAAUACAAGAGCGAAAGCCCCCCGGAUGGAUUGACUGAAUUAGUCGGUGAGAUUGUUAGAAAGGAUGCGGACAUUGCACUGGGACCACUGUCUAUAACUCCGGAGCGAGAGAAACUUGUGGAUUUUAGCGAACCAUUUUUAUCAAUUGACAGCCCUAUUAUGAAUAAAAGGAUGCCAAAACAACUAUCUGACACGUUCAGUUUCCUGCGACCUCUGUCUAAAGAAAUAUGGUUAUGCGUCCUCUUCAGCUUUUUUGCAGUCAGCAUCGUACUAUUUCUUGUAUCUAGAUUUUCCCCACAUGAAUGGCGGUCUGUCUCGAUAUCAGAUACACACUUGGAUCAUCCAAUUAGCAGUACCAAUGAGAUAAUAUUACACAACGAGUUCAGCAUUUGGAACUCGUUUUGGUUUUCGCUCGGUUCAUUUAUGCAGCAAGGGAGCGACGUUGUACCAAGGUCUUUAUCUGGAAGAAUAGUGGGAACAGUUUGGUGGUUCUUUGCAUUAAUCCUGGUUUGCUCCUAUACGGCAAAUUUGGCAGCAUAUCUCAUAGUGGAGCGUAUAGCAGAACCGGCUCAGGCUCUCAGCUAUCCAUCAGGCUUGGCCCAUUCAGAAAGCUCGUAUAUACCAUCCAAUUAUCCAGUGAAGGACACAGUAUCCAAUGAUGGUUCUAUCGCCUACUACUCUAUGGAGAAAGGACCUGAAAUGACAUGUAAUACAAUCUCCAGAGUUUGCAAAUAUAAACAUACCGAACUUGCUAUUGCGACGCCGAAAGGGUCUCCAUUGAGAGAAGGAAUAAAUUUGGCCAUAGUAGAUUUGAAGAAAGACGGUGUUAUAGGAAAGCUUUGGCGGAAAUGGUUGAAUGCGAAGAAACCCGAGUGUGAUAUCAAAGAUGAGGAGACUACAAUCACAGAGAUGACGUUAAGCCAAGUAGCGGGGAUAUUCUAUGUGCUAGUUGGCGGGCUAGCACUGGCGUUAACAGUGGCGCUUCUUGAAUUUUGCCAACAUGGACGAGCUGAGGCGGCCCGUGCCAAUGUGCCGCUCCGCGCUGCAUUGCGUGCUAAGGCUCGGUUAGCCUCUCGCUCUGAUAGAAAAGCUCCACCGAAUCACACACCGCAGCGUGACCAUGACCGUCUGGGUUGGAACGGAGCAGCUUUUGCUGGGUAUAAUGACUUCCUCCUUGGAAGGGAAAUGUUGGGACAUGUUCACCGCAAGAUAUAUUAGACAAUACGUAUUAGGAAUAUUUCACUGCUGGCACUCAAAUCUCCCAAGAGGAUGCUGUCCACGCUAGCUUCACGCACGUCUGAUCCUCAGAGAAGGGCGGCGGUGCCAAUGUACGCCGCUCGUCCAUAUCGAAACCGCCUAACAACGCUGUGGAUCUCUAUCAACUAUAAACACCAAUAUCAUAAACAUAGUUAGUUUAGAUGCCUAUGGAAAACAACAGCAACUAAAAAACUUCUUUUUAUUUGAACGUUUGUGAUGAAAUAUGAACUCGUGUUCAGAAGUAGAUGAGUAGGUUGAACUGGUGAUGAUGGGUGGAUAAAGACUAUAACAGCUACAUACUCGUAGAUAUUUCAUGCCAUCAUCUGUUUUUAUUCUAAUUAUAUUUCGUGAAAAAAAAAAUUAAAACUAUUAUUUAGAGAAAUUAAGAAAAAAAUUUAAUUGCUCGUGAUACAAAAAGAGCUCUUCACUUUUAUGUUUUAUUUUAUUUGAAACAGAAUAGGGUAGUAAAGUAAUAACAAGUCUUCGAUAGAUGUUUACUCUUUGUUAUUAUUAAAUAAUUUUAAUAUCAUGAUAUCGAAAAUAUUUAAAAUUUUAAACUAAAAAUUAGUUAAAAAUUGUCUAAAAUACAAUUAUCAUUUAUUUGCGUCCCAUUUUUUAUAUAAAAUAACUUUUAAAUUAGUCGAUUUGAUUUACGAUAAGAAAGAGAAUGAUUAGAGUAAAAAAUAAGUCGAGUAGCAAACAGACAAGUACACUUAGGGUUCCGUACGGAAUAAUGUAAAGAAGUUUUUGUUUUCUAUAUAUAAUAUCUAGCUGUGGCCAAAACUUUACUCGUGAGUAAAAUACAAAAAAAAAUAUGUUACUUUCUUUAACAAUUCGAUUGCUACACGUAGGUAUGCCAAAUUUUAAUUAAAGAGAUAAAAAACUGGCUCGUAAUUAUAAAGAGUUUAAACCUAUAACCAUAUUAAUAUGGUUAUUAAUGUAAGAUGAUUCCUUAAAUUGAAUAAAAAUCAGAUUGUAUAAUCUAAAUUAUUUGUAAACGAUUUUCUCAAAAACUGUUGUAACUAUAUCAUUGUGUAAUAGAAAAGACGGAUAGACAUAAUUAGUGUCUUUGUAUAAGUUCAUUUCUUCUUAUUGGUACGGAACUCUAAAAAAUAUAAUGUAAAUUAAUAUUAAAAUAUAGUAAGAUUAAAAGUAAGACAAGUUGCAUGUAAUUUUUAUAUCAUAAAUUUAUUAGAAUAUUCAAUGGCGUUAUAGGUUAAUUAUGGAUAUGCUUCAUAAUCCAUCAUUUAUACGAUAGUAUUUAAAUUUUCUAUCAUUUUACGGAAAUUAAUGAUUUUAUAAUUUUAAAGAUAAUUUAGUGCUAUAAAAGUAAAUUAUUUAUAUUCAUAAAAAAGAUACAUUUUUAUUAACCGAAUUUUUUAUAUAUGAUCGUAAAAAAGUAUUGAUAGAUUUUAAAAACAAAAUAUAAAGUAGUAAUUAAAUAUUUAGUUAUAGACUUAUGUCUGUGAUUAUUUUAAAACUUAUUUAUGAUCAUUUAAAUAAUCAUUUAGGAGUAUUGAAAAAAGUAGACACAUUUUUGUCUGAAUGCUCUUGAUAUAAAAAGUUCAUAAGUUUGCAAUCAAUAUAAUAUUGAUACUGAUACAUAUAAUACAUAUUAUUUAUAUUAGUUUAAAUAUGACAACUGUCAUAUGCUAAAUAGUGUCAUAACAUGAUUACAAAUUUGAGUAUAUGUACUACGCUUUAGAUAUACUAUAGAUAUAUUAGAAUUCUAAGUUGUUACUUUAUAAGCUACAAUAACAUAAAUACUUUCUACAUAAAGACGAAUAAAUUGUCAAAUGACAACUAAUGUUAUGAAUUAAAUUGUCCCGAACUAAUUAAUAGUUAAAAUACAAUUAGCAAUUUUGAAUUUACCAUUGAAGCCAAAAAUUACUUCUAGUUAGCUUACUCGUACUCUAAAUUGCUUUGUAAGCCUAGUAAACCACAAUAGAUCUACUAGGCAAUAGAAAACAAAUUGUGUAAACAUAAGAAAGGACAUAUUGCAAUAAUUCGAACGCUUGAAAAUAGUAAUGAAAUAACUUUAGAUUAUAUAGAUAGAGUGUCUCCAUAGAAAAAUUCGAGUAAAUAGAGUCAACUUUUUUAUACAAAUUUGCGUGAUAAAUAGUUAUGCUUGACUCCCUAAAACUUCUAUAAUUAUUUUAUUUUAUAAAUUCUGGGAAUUUUUAAUACGUAAAUACUAAUUUUAUUAUACAUUUUAUAAGUAAAUAUAUAGAAUACUGAUAGAAAAAAGGAGUCAGCUUAUUUGACAAUUAGCUGACAAAACGUUGAUCCAUUUUUGAGGCUCGAUAUUCCAUCUAUAUAAUCUAAGAAAAUAAUGAAAUAGAUAUAAAUGUAAAAAAUCAAAAACUGUAGUCACCGGGGAAAACCUAGAUUAGCAUAUAAUGUACAGAUAACCAUAUUCCAAUUCUUGGGAAUAGAUGAAUGGGUACAAGUUGGUAUGUACGCACUAGACGAAUUAUACAAUUGAAUUAAGCAAGAAUAAGGAUAGCAGACAGGAGAGGCAAUUGGAUAGAAAGAAUAGCUUUCCACAACCUUUUUGGCUGCCUCAUAAGACUUAUGAGACUUGACGUAGAUAGACAUUUUGGCUGGAUUUUGAUUUAGGAUUCUACAAUAUAAUAAAAACAAAAUAUUAAAAUAGUGUCACCGCAUGUGGCGUUUUUGGCUGCCAAAACAUCUGUCAAUAUUUAUAUCACAUUUAAAGAAAUAAUUGUCAAAUUUUAGGAUAUCGAAUUGCAGAACGCACAUAGUACGUGCAGUUCUAAAUAAAACACUUCUCAAAUAUCAAUGAAUGUCUUUACAUUAUACCCAGACUGCAUAAUAAUUCUUCUGAGAUUGUAUCAUUAUCGUACUAAAAGUUUGUUUUAGUAAUUUAUUAUAAUGUAGAUUUAACUAAGCUUAAGUACUUCUAGUCAUAGAUAAAUAAGUAUUAAAACGUAUCGUGAACCCGGUCUGAUUAUAAAUGUCUUAAUAUGUAUUUUAUUAAGUGGCCAAAAGGAAUUGUUUAUAGAAAUAAUAUUGAAAUAGAAACUUCUUAAAUUGAAGUAAUAGUAGUAUGUAUUACCAUCCUAUUCUUAUAGCAUUACCACAUAAAUUUAAUGACAUCAAAGAUAUAUUUAAUAUAGUAGCUAUGGGUAUUUUAAUUAUACAAAUUGUCAUUUGCGUGCUCAAAUAUACUUUAAUAUAAAUUUGACACUAAAAUUUACUGUUUAUUUCUUUUUAAAACUGAUUAAAAAAAGAAAUAUUAGCGUUUAGUAAUUAUAUUAAUUUGUUACUCUAUUAUACUUGGUAAUUUUAACUUUGAUAGAUUUAUGUCACUAAUAAAUGUAAUGUUUUUUUUUUAAUAAUACAUUUAUUUUUAUUUAUAUAUAUUAAUAAAUUAUAAAAAGGUUAUCUUUGUAACAUUUAUUUUCAGCAAUUAAAAUAAUUGAUUGAUUAAAUGAUUGAAUGAUACAUAUUUUUUGGUUAAACGUUAUAUAACUGGUAACUUUUGACAGGUACGCUAUUUUAGACGUAUAAAAGCUGUAUCAUUAACAAGCAAUCUUUAUAUAGAUAAGUAUACCGUAACUACGAAAUAUAAUAUCUGACUAAUAUAAAUUUAUCUCAUUAUACCUUAUAAGUAGACAUAAUUUAUCUGCCAGUAAUAAAACUAUAAUAUUCAGUGUACUUUUUUAUGUACUUAUAAACUCGUACUUAUCAUUGUAUUGUCGUGUAUACAAACA